AUGUCGGUUGUAGUAUCCUCAGAGGCGGAGAGCAAAUAUCGCGGCAGCAAUGAUUCACCCUCGCCAGCCCCAGACACCCCUGGCCGUCGCACACGUGUGACGACCCAAGCAACCAGCGGAGCUUCUCAGGCUACAGCGCCGGACACUCCAGGCCCUCGAACGAUUGAAAAUCUUGAAUUCAGCACUCACUGGCACAUACCAUCGCCCCAUUCCCGAUUUGAGCCUCAGUUUGAUAGUCUAGCCGAGGAACCAGAAGAAAUGGAUCAGGAGGACCGUCGAGCUGGGAAUGAGCACGAGAACGGGACUGAACUGGCAGAGAAUGAGAACCAGAGUUGGAAAGCGGAGGAUCCGAGAUGGAAUGAGGAAUCCGACCAAUUGAUCUCGGAUAUGAUCAGUCAGAUCCAAUCCAAUUCGUGCAAAACACGUGAACGGACGAUCUCCAGUGAAGUUUAUCAGCCAAGCCAGACCGGCAAACGGCGCCGAUUGAUCAGCGGGAAUGGCACGACAAGUCCGGAUAAGCCAGUCUUCCAGUUCGUCAGCCACGUCCGUCCAGUCUCAGACCCUGACCAUAGCCACCAGAUGUCCGUCCAGGCCUUCCCUCAAUUGACCCAUCAAGAAUCUCUGUCAGGUCCUAUCUGGCCGACCGUCCGCCGUAGCCAGGGGAGCAUUGGACGGCUACCAGCUCGCCCGCAAAGGGGGGCUUCUUCAAUUUUGCCAGACCAAAUGGGCCGCGGGACCUCAGGUCUAGUUUGA